CUUUUUCUUUUAUUUUUUUUAUGUUAAUAUAAAUAAAUCUCAUUGUUGAGUGUCACUGUUGCAUUAAUUAAGCUUAUUAUAUUCCUUUUCUUUUUCGUUUUUCUUUGUAUUAAAUGUAGAAUGUAGCUUCUUCUUCUUCUGAUAAGGAGCUAGUUUUGACUACAAACGCUUUUGGGUUGCCUUAGUUUGAUAGAUUUGAUUGUGGUUGUGUGUAACGUGUUUGUUUCCCUAGAAAGUGAGCGAAAGAGGAAGAAGUUUUCUUUCUUUGCGUUUCAUGAUUCAUGUUAUGUUGGCUUAAAAAAAUAUGAAAUCUCAAAUUUUCUGUAGAUUUAUUGUUUUUGACAAUGCUUGGAAAAAAAAUUAAAGGGAAAAAGAGAGAGAAAAUUAAGAAGAAAAAGAAAAAGAAAGUGAAGGAAAUAAAAAAGAUACAAGUUUUAGUUUGAAAUUGCUUUACUACGCUAUUGUUUUUACUGAUCAACUAAUUUUAUUUUGAAUUUUUGUCAUAUUUAUUGAAUACUAUACGCUUCACAAAAGCUUUACAUAAUUUUUUUUAUUUGUUUUAAGAAAUUUUUUUUUUUUCAUACAUGAAGCGUUUACUUUGUUAAGCUGGUUUGAUUUUCAUGUCCUCAUGUGUUUUCAGUUUUUGAUAAAAAUUUCAGAAGCUUUUCUUAUUGUAAGGUUUUGUACCAAUAAGGUGCUGGUAGGUUAGGUUGCUGGCAGAAGAAUGGCGCUAAGCCACUUAAAGGAGGAACAUGCUAUCUUCUUCUCUUUUCUAUAAGACUAACAUUAAAGCUUUUGAAUAAAUAUUUGGUAGGAAGCGCUAGCUCACAGUUUAAGUUUAGAUCACCAUGUCAAGGCAAGCUCAUCUUCCCCCUCGUUGCCCUUUUCAAAAGAGACCCGUUUCUCGUCCAUCUAGUUACCCAAUCUCUCCUCUACAGCGUACAGAAUCAUACCCUAGCCACAACAAAUCCUCCUUCCAAAGCUCAAUCCUAGAGGAUCCGCCUACAUGGCUGGAUGAUUUAUUGAGUGACCCUGGCGCAAAUUCUGUGGGAAUUAUUCAUCGCCGGUCUUCUAGUGAUUCAGUCACUCUCUUGGAUGGUCUUGCAGACGCUUUUUCAGGAUUGAAUCCUCAUAAGGAUGAUGAGAAUUCAGCUGGGGAUGAAACUUGUAGUGGGUUGGAAUCCACUUGUGUUUAUGGUCCUAAUUCCCCUAGGAAAAGGGGUAAUUUAACCUUUGCAGAAAAUGCCAUAGUUUCAGCAUUAUCAGAAUGUGCUGUUGAGAACCCUUUGCAGUAUGUGGAUGAGAGCCUUUGCAUUUCUGGGAUUAAUCAUUCUGAUUUGAAAGGGGAUGCUUGUACUUCGACUGAUGAGCUCAAUGCUGAAACAAAGAUGACAAAAAGGCACUCCGGGCAACGGUCUAGGGUUCGCAAGCUCCAGUAUAUUGCUGAACUGGAAAGAACUGUUAGUGAUUUUCAGACUCUACAGUCAGAAUUGUCAGUCAGAGUUGCUUCACUGCUUCAGCAACAUGUUUCUUUGUCCCUGGAAAACAGAACACUAAAGCAGCAGAUGGCCAGAUUGCAGCAGGAAAAAUUGAUCAUGGAAGGUCAAUUUAAGUCGCUGAAGAAAGAAGCUGAGAGAUUGAAAAAUGGUCUGGCCAAAUCAUCCCCAAGUAGCAAGGCCACAGCUUAUUUUGGGUCUCGAUCUGCAGCUGAAGCAUCUAGAUCAGAGGUUACUAGGCAGAUGUUAGAUCUGGCUAAUCUUGAUCUUAAUUGAUACCUAAAGGCCAUAAACCUUAGUUUUUGAUGCACUAAAACUAGAUAUAACUCUUACUCUCUUAUGCAUAAUUGCUAAACAUGAAUGCAGCUAAACUUCAUUCCAGUUGCUGAAUUGUAAAUUUCUUGCUGCAUUUUACAUUGUAGCAACUAAUUUUAAUUUGAACUUUUUUUUGUUAA